GUAGCAGUGUCAUGGCAGGAUUGUUGUGCACACACUAGAGUGGGGUUUUAUCGGGAUGUGUGGGUAAACAUUCAUAAAUCCUCCAAUACGCUGCUGUUGCUGCGUAGCGAGAGUUGCGCUCCACCUGCUUCCCCACAUGUGCUUGCGUUAUCUUUUGUUCGAGACAGUUCAUUUGCGUACACCAUUCUCAUCGACGGCAUGUUGCUAAAGCGCUUACUGCCACCUGUUUCCGUGAUCAUCAAUGGCAUCCGGCGUGCACACAUUGCCACUGAGACGGGGGGAAAACAAUUUCCUCUGGAAGGAAUCCGCAUCCUUGAUCUAACGCGCAUCGUUGCCGGGCCGUAUUGUACCAUGGUGCUUGGCGAUCUCGGUGCGGAAGUGUACAAGAUCGAGCGACCAUAUGAGGGUGACGAAUCGCGCAAAUGGGGCCCACCGUUCAUGCGCAACUCGACCGACUCCGUGUACUUCAUGGCGGCGAAUAGGAACAAGAAGAGUGUUUGCGUGAACUUGAAGACGGGUCGAGAGGUGAUCUACGAGCUGGCCAAGAAGUGCGACGUCUUUGUAGAGAACUAUGUGCCCGGGAAGCUGGACUCGCUAGGGCUGGGCUACGAAAGGCUCAAAUCGAUCGCUCCAUCGCUUGUGUACUGUUCCAUUACAGGUUUCGGGUCGGAGGGCCCGUACAAGCCAAAACCAGGCUACGACGUUAUCGCCGCAUCCAUGGGUGGACUGCUACACAUUACCGGAAGCGAGGACGGACCACCGGCCAAGGUUGGCAUAGCGAUCACGGACAUUGCCACGGGACUGUAUGCACACGGUGCAAUACUAGCCGCGCUAUUGCAGCGGCAUCGAACCGGUCGGGGACAAAAGAUUGACGUAAAUCUGUUUUCCACGCAGGUUGCAUGUUUGAUAAACGUUGCCAGCAACUAUCUCAACGCCGGCAAGGAGGCGAAACGCUGGGGAACGGCACACGAAAGCAUUGUUCCAUAUGAGGCGUUCGAAACAAAAACGGGUUACAUUACGCUUGGCUGUGGAAGUGAUGCGCAGUUUGUGUCGCUCUGCCGUUUGCUAGGCGUGGCAGAGUUAGCUCAGGAUGAACGUUUCGCUAGCAACCGGACGCGCGUCUCACACCGGAAGGAACUGAUUGCGUUCCUUUCGGACAUUCUGAAAAGCAAAUCGUCAUCGGAUUGGAUGCGCAUUUUUGAAGGCGCAUCAUUUCCCGUCGGUCCAAUAAAUAGCAUGAAAGAGGUUUUUGAGGAUCGCCAUUUGCAGGCCAUUGGAAUGGUUAAGACGCUUCCGCAUCCGUUAGCGGGAGAAGUAAAGCUUGUUGGCCCACCGGUAGUGUAUGGGGAAGCGAAGAAUGAAAUUACUUCCGUUCCACCACAGCUGGGGCAGCAUACAGAUGAGGUCUUGCGAGGCUUACUAGGCUACGGAGAUUCCGAAUUGCAACGUUUGCGAAACGAGAAAAUAAUACAAUAAACAUCGGCUCGAAGUUGACAAUGUUAAUCCUUAAUCCGCCGCUAACAGCAUUUAAAUCCUUAUAAUAAAUGAUCAUCAUUGAAAAAGA